AUGCAGCUGUGGACAGUGGCGCAAUGGUGUGCCCGGCCAUGCAUGGACAGGGCCGAAGAAGUAACGGCAUUUGUGGUUGUCGUCGAGCAGGGCAAGUCGGUUGAGGAAGGCGUCAUCGUAUCGUUCGGCAGCAAUUCGUCAAUGAAGCAGCUGCGCCAGUCUGUUGCUGCAAAGCUCAAGAUUGCCGACGCCGAUGGAAUCACGCUUCUCAGCAGCCAGGAGGGCAGCGAGGUCACCGAUGUGCGCCAGCUCCUUGAUCUGAAGGCCACCUAUGUGCAGACCGCAUCUGUGCGUCGCGCAAUCCCCUACAUAAAGGGCUACCCGGUGGUUGGGAUCGUGCCCAUGAUUAUCCGUGACACGCGCGAAUGCCUAUCUGCGCUGUUCGGCGACCAUGACACGAUCCAGUUCUAUGUCUUCUCUACACACGUGGUGGCCACCCGCGAUCCGGCCGGUGGUCAGCUUUGCGAUCAACGACAGCGAUUCCCGUUCUCCGAGGUUCGCCAGGUAGGCGGCACCGGCUUGUUUACCAGUUCGUCGACUGAUCCCCAGUGGCAGCUGGCACACCGACUGCUUAUGCCCGCGUUCUCGGUCAGCGCAAUGAAGAUUUACAACGAGGAGAUGGUGCAGGUUGCGCUCGACACCAACAAUCUCGUGUCGCAGUAUGCAGCCAACGAGCCUAUUGACGUCAUGACGCUUGCAACCAACAUUACCUUCCAGACCAUCGGAAUGGUCGGUUUCGGCUACGAUUUCAAGUUGCUGGAGAGCAAGGAUGCACCUAUGAGCCCAUUCCUGAUCGGCAUGAACUACUGUCUGGGCCAGGUCAAGACGCGCAUAACUCGCACGGCAUACUGGAAGCACCUGCCGCUUGCCUCCAACUACCGCUUCGACGCUGAGAUGCAGGGCAUGAAGGGACACAGUGCGCCAGAUGAGAAUGGCAACCUGGUUGGUCUCAGCGACGACAACAUCUACGAUCAAGUCAUCACACUCGGCAUCGCUGGAAGCGAAACAUCGGCCAACACGCUCGGCUGGUGCCUGUAUUUGCUCGACAAGCACCCGAAAGUCCAGGACGCGGUGCUGCAGGAGAUUGUUGACCUUGGGAUCAAGCCCGGUGUUCGUCCCGAGGCAAAGCAGCUGAACAGGCUAAAGUACCUGACGCAGGUAAUCAAGGAGACUCUGCGUCUUUUCCCUCCUGUCAACAACAUCGACAAGUACUGCGAGCAGGACUGUGUCCUUCCGGGCGGGCACCUAAUCGAGGCUGGGACCAUCAUUCGGCUGCACGCGUGGAGUAUCCACAGAAACCACCGGAUAUAUCGCGAUGCAGACAAGUUCGAUCCGGACCGUUUCAACGAACAGAAUAUCAAGGACAUCCCGUCUGGUGCUUGGAUCCCGUUCUCGUCGGGCCAGCGGGCCUGCAUUGGCCAGUCGCUUGCGCUGAUGGAGCUUCGUGCUGUGCUGGCCAUAAUGCUGUGCAAGUACAAAUUCAGCACCGUUGGCAACAAGACCAUCGAUUACGACCCCAGUGCUAUCACUACUCGUCCGCUGGACCUGUUCAUGACUGUCGCCCAGCGCACCGAGUACCCCGAACCCCGCACCGACACGUCGGCUGAGCUAGCAGUCGGUCUUGAUGCUUCGUCGCUGGACGUUGGCAAGCUUUCAGCUGCUGCAAUCGCGGGUGGUGAUUUGCCCAAUGUCACUGUCGCGUUCGGAUCCAACAUGGGUGCCAGCGAGGAUUACGCAGUGCAGAUGACUGAGCAGCUGCAAAAGAUGGGCUUCCCUCAGGUGACAUUGACGACUCUGGACGAUUGGGAUGUUGCCGCCGCUGCACCGUCGGGUGAUGCCAAGCGCCCGCUUGUUAUCGUCAUUACCAGCACAUACAACGGUGUGCCACCAGACAAUGCCGGCCAGUUUGCCAAGUUCCUUGAGACAGAGACUCGCACUGACGUUCUGGAUGGCGUCGACUACCUGGUGUUUGGCACGGGAAACUCGAUGUGGCGCACGUUCCAAAAGUUCCCCCGCUAUGUCUUUGCGCGUCUCGGCGAGCUGGGUGCCACAUCUCUGGGCGAGUUCCAGUUUGGCGACUCCAACGAGGAUCUUGAGGAGGACUACAUGCAGUGGUCAUUGCGUACAUGUGCUAUGCUUGCUGCCAAGUACGGGUCCAGCAGCGAGGGCUAUGCCGAAGCAGUUGCUGUGCCCAGGUCGCUGCCGUUCAAUAUUACCUUGGUUGACAGCACUGCCGCGGCUCCGUUCAGAAUCGCUUCAGAAAAUGCCACUAUCAAAGCCAACCAGGAGCUGCAGGAUGUCGGCAAGAGCGGCCGUAGCACUCGCCACAUCGAGAUUGUGCUGGACCAGUCCUCGGGCAUUCAGUACCAGACCGGCGACCAUCUCAACGUGUACCCAGUCAACAAGCCCGGUGUGGUGCGUGAGGUCUCAGCAAUCCUGGAUGUGGACCUGGCAUCAGUUGUUGAGCUGGAGCAGACAUCGGAUUCCUCGCGGUUCAGUCGCUCAGCUGCCGCUGCCAUGCAAGGGGCAUCGUGCUCGGUGUCUGACGCACUUCAGUACGUGUGUGACUGGAAGGAGGCGCCCUCGCGUGAGCUGGUUGUUGCGCUGGGUGAGGUUGCUGGCGACGAUGCUGCAUACCAUGUCCUGCGCAAGGCCGCUGACGACGUCAACACGCUGGGCAAGCAGUCGCCUGGCUGGAGCGGGUUCGUUUCGCAGACUCGCACAGUGCUGGAUGUGCUUCGCCGCUAUGCCCCCCUUGUGCGACAGGUUCCGUUCGGGUCGAUUCUGCACUUUGUGUCAGCCAUGACUCCUCGUCGCUACUCGAUCGCCAGCUGCCAGCCCGUAGUUGGAAACGAAGUACAUCUUUCGGUUGCAAUCGUCGAUGACAUCGUCAAUGGUCGCUUGUAUGGCGGCCUGGCAACUGAGUACCUUGCAUUGCUGGAGCCCGGUUCCCGUGUUUCGGUUUCUCAUCGUCCUGCCCAAGCAGCUUUCCACCUGCCAUCCCCACCGGGUGUCCCAGUCCUGUUCGUCGGUGCCGGCACUGGAGUCGCGCCGUUCCGCGGCUUCCUGCAGGAGAUGAAGCAAGCAGGUACUGGCGAUGCCACACUGUACUUUGGCUGCCGCAGCCCAGAGUACGAUUACCUCUACAAGGACGAGCUCGAGCAAUAUGUGCAGAGCGGCACACUGGCCAAGCUACAGCCUGCGUUUUCGCGUGUUGGUAGUGAGCGCAAGUAUGUGCAGCACCACAUUUGUGCCGAUGGUGCCAAGAUCUGGGAUCUGCUGGACAGUCAGAAGGCGCAUGUUUACGUGUGCGGCUCUGCAAGCAAGCUAGCCAAGGACGUUGUCAACACCAUGCUUGACGUAUUCCAGACCCAUGGCCACCUCUCGUCCGACGAUGCGAGCAAGUAUCUUGCUGACCUGGUCGCAGCUGGUCGGUACGUGGAGGACGUUUGGUAAA